GAAGAAAAAAAAAAGAUUAAUAAAUACAACAUUGGUUUUCAAAAACGUCAAUUAAAGAAAUGCACGCUACAGGCCAGCGGCAUACUUCAUGAGGAAUUCAGUGUCGGGGCUAUGUUCAGACCAGGAGACGAAGGGCUUGCGUUUUGGUUUUGCUUCUGCAGAGACAAAGGACUGGAAGCCGCAGAUGGAGGCCACGAGCAAGCAACAGGUUCUCGAUUUCUGGCUGAGAUCCGAGGAGGUAGUUGUGGAGUCACCGACGGCUGAGAUUGGGGAGGCAGUUGGUCGCCAAGACAAAGGACUAGAAACCGUAGACAAAGGCCACGAGCGAGCAGCAGGUUCGCGAUCUCUAGCUGAGAUCGGGCAGGGAAAGGCCGGCGGUGAUGACUGGUGCGUGGUACUGGUGGUGGUCUGGUGGUGUUGUUCUUCUAUUCCCCUGCUCUCUUUUGUUUCUAAUUUCUCUUGGGUUUGCUUUUGCAAUUUGCUGCGAUUUUAAUUUUUAAUUAAAGUUAAUGGUGUGG